AUUAGUAGUAUUUGAGUGACUCACUUUAAGCUUUGACUGCCCAUUUGUUUUCUCUCUCCUCUCACUCUCACUCUCACGCCCCACGCCCCACGCUGGCGACAAGCUUCACUCAUUUUCAGAUACUCUCUCUUUCUCUCUCCUCUCCUCUCCUCUCCUCUUUCUGGAUUUCUCCUUCAUCAUCAACCAAGUGUUCAUAAUUUCAGUAGGUGGACUACAUAACUUUAUGAGCAGAAGAGCUACUACUAUCACUUUCACAAUGGGUGCUCACCCCAGAUUCAUUUGCAUAUCUAUACUAUCACUUUGAUUUUUCUAGUCUUUCUUUCUAUAUCCUAUGGCUUCCAGUAACGGCACCAAAGCUCCGUCCGACCACCAACAUCGGUCAGGACGUCCUGCUUUUCCUUCACAGGUUUCCACUUCCUCGACCAAAUCUAAACCCGAACUAAGUGACCACUUCGCCCAAUCGGUGCAGAUUACCUCUAAGCAGCCUGAUGUUGGAGUUCACAAUAACAAAUCUAAAUCCAUCCACCAAAAUAAUACGCUUCAUUCCACUUCUUCUUCGUCUGUUAUUGAACCCUCUUCAACGGCCAUAGAUCCUGUUGAGAAUGAAGUUAGGUUGUUGGAGGAUAUAUCCACUGAUCAGGAGAAGAAAAUAUCAGAAUACGGAAGCGUCAAAGACAGUUCAGUGUCUGCCAAAUUUAGUGAUGGAACAAGCAGUCUUGCUAAGACAAGUGGAAGUGCCAAGACAAGUGGCCGCCUUGAUUUUGUUGAAAGUGGCAAGAGUAGCUUGUGUAGAGGAAGCACUAGCACAGAUGUUAGUGACGAGAGCAGUUGCAGCAGCUUUAGUAGCAGCAUUAGCAAACCCCACAAAGGAAAUGAUGUGAGAUGGGAAGCUAUCCAAGUUGUUCGUGCCAGGGAUGGAGUCUUGGGGUUGAGCCACUUUAGACUGCUCAAAAGGUUGGGAUGUGGGGAUAUUGGUAGUGUUUACCUUGCUGAGUUGAGUGGAACAAAGUGCUACUUUGCCAUGAAGGUAAUGGACAAAGCAUCUUUGGCUAGUCGCAAGAAGUUACUUCGAGCUCAGACAGAGAGAGAAAUUCUACAAUCUCUGGACCACCCCUUCCUUCCUACUCUGUAUACCCACUUUGAGACCGACAAAUUCUCAUGCUUGGUGAUGGAAUUCUGCCCAGGUGGAGAUUUGCACAGUCUUAGGCAGCGGCAGCCAGGGAAAUAUUUUACUGAACAAGCAGUGAAAUUUUAUGUAGCAGAAGUCCUCCUAUCAAUGGAGUAUCUUCACAUGCUUGGGAUAGUCUAUCGUGACCUUAAGCCCGAGAAUGUCCUUGUGAGAGAUGAUGGACACAUAAUGCUCUCAGACUUUGAUCUUUCCCUUCGUUGUGCUGUCAGUCCAACACUAGUGAAGUCAUCCUCUAAUGAGACUGAACCAUUGCGAAAAGAUUCAGCUUACUGUGUCCAGCCAGCUUGUAUUCAGCCUUCCUGCAUUCAGCCCUCAUGUGUUGCACCAACAACAUGCUUCUCACCACGUUUCUUUACAAGCAGGUCCAAGAAAGAUAAAAAGGCGAAGAAUGAAAUUGGAAACCAAGUAAAUCCUCUGCCUGAGCUUAUGGCAGAGCCAACCAAUGCCAGGUCUAUGUCUUUUGUUGGGACCCAUGAAUACUUGGCGCCUGAAAUCAUCAAAGGAGAAGGUCAUGGAAGUGCAGUCGACUGGUGGACUUUUGGUAUCUUUCUUUAUGAGCUGUUGUUCGGUAGAACUCCUUUCAAAGGAUCGGGGAACCGUGCAACAUUGUUCAAUGUUGUUGGGCAACCUCUGCGGUUUCCUGAAUCCCCAUCUGUAAGUUUUGCAGGCAGGGAUCUAAUAAAGGGGUUGCUUGUGAAAGAACCACAGCAUAGGUUGGCGUACAAAAGAGGGGCAACAGAGAUUAAGCAACACCCAUUUUUUGAAGGUGUGAAUUGGGCAUUAAUAAGGUGUGCUACACCUCCUGAGAUACCAAAGCCUGUUGUUAUUGAAAAGGCAGCAAUUCCUCCUAGCUCUAAUGAAAAAGUUGGUCUUCCUAUGAGGGCACCUGAUCAAAAGGGUUCUGACAAUUACCUUGAGUUUGAUUUCUUCUAAGGUUGCUACCUUGGUUCUUAUUUUCUUCAUCUUGUUUCAUAUAUUUUUCGCACUCUGCUGAGUAGGAGAACUGUUGCUUAAAAGAUUUGAUCCUUAUAUUUAUCUGGCUAGCACAAAUUGGGAGAAAAUGCACAGGGGAGUUGUAGUGCCCUGUACUCAGGAGGCUGACGCAGACGUGGUUGCUGGAUGCUGAUCUAGGCCCGUAGCCGCUGCUUGUCUGUAAUGUAUUUAUGUUAAAACUGAUCUAUGUAUUCUUAGAUGCAGGGUGAACUCUCUAAAUACUUCAAAGAGAUGUAGAAUGUAUAUGUAUCUUGAGUUGUGCUCAAUUUGUUCCAGAUCUUUUAUUUGGCAAAAGUAUUUUACAAAACUUAUUGCA